AUGAGCGAUCAACUUAGCAACGAAUUACCAUCUUGCAAAGGAGAUCUCUAUCGAAGGUCUAGUCGCGCCACGACGAAGCCAGGUGCUCGUUCGGUGAUGCUCACCACAGAGAAACGAUCAAAAGCGAGCGCUCUCAUUGCGAAGCAUGACGAUCCGAGCCAAUAUAUUGGCACUUACGUACCUCCUGUACCGCCCCCACUGCCUCACAAUUUUGUCGACUCAGUAUAUUCCGUGCGAAAUCCUUCGUUACAAACGGCCCGGUCGGGUAGCGAAUCGCAAAGUGCUGAGCGUCUAAACCUCUAUCUUGAUCGUCAAGAAGGUGAAGAUGAACACGAAGAAGAGGCAGUCGAUGAGGCUACCAAGAAGAAGAGUCGAUGGAAGCGGAACCUCCGUAUUGCUCUACCUCAUGUCGGUCUUGUCAUUCUCUCGGCAGCCUACACAUUGCUGGGAGCUGCAAUAUUUCAUCACUAUGAAAAACCGUUCGAGGAGCAUUUGCGGAAUGAGACCGCUCAUCGGGUGCACUCAUUGAAACAACGAAUCAUUGAUGAUCUUUGGGAGAUGAACAACAACGGCACGCCGUACACAAUCUGGGCGGAGCGUGCACAAACCGCAAUGGAUGACAUUAUUCGUGAUGUGUUCAUUGAUUACACGAGGAAUUACAUGACUCCUGAAGAUGUCAUCACCGGUUCCGGUCCAUUUAAAUGGUCUUUCGGUUCGAGCAUAUUCUUCUCUUGGACUGCCAUUACGACUAUCGGGUACGGUCAUAUCGUUCCGCGGACGAACGCUGGACGAAUAGCGAUCAUUUUCUAUGCUCUUUUCGGCAUACCUCUUAUUCUGGUCACCAUUGCCGAUAUGGGACGUUUCUUGUCAGGAGGUAUCAUCUGGGUACAUAAUACAUAUCGAAAAUUCAUGGACUCAUGUUACGCUCAGUGUUGGAAGUGCAUCAAAUGUAUGUGUUGUCGAUUUCGGAAGAAACAAAAGCGGAUACAGAUGCCGACGAUUGAACUUCUUCAAAAACAACGACAAAUGUACGGUGGCGUACGGCGGCAACGAAAACCGCACGACAACCAAUCGGACGCCGGCACUUUCGAAGACAUCUCCGAAAUACACACACAAAACUCGGACCUCGGCGGACCGACGUCGGAGGAUACUCGAGCGCAAGCAGAGGAGUUAGAACCGGAACCACCUCACCAUGAACGGCGAGUGUCCGUCAUGUUCAUCCUCGUCAUCAUGUUAGGUUACGUAGCCGGUGGAGCAUAUUUGAUACGGUACUGGGAGUCUUGGUCGUUCUUCGAUGCCUUCUAUUUUUGCUUCGUCACAGUUACCACUAUAGGAUUUGGAGACAUUGUUCCUUUAAAUGUUGACUUCUUUCCGGCCACGUUAGCCUAUAUUAUUUUGGGCCUUAUCAUCACAACGAUGUGCAUUGAUCUCGUCGGUAGUGAGUACAUUCGCGAUAUUCACUUUUAUGGACGAAGCCUAGGCAGAUCUUUUAUGACAAUAGGUGGAAAGGUGGUACAUCUUGGUGAAGUAUUCGGUUAUGUUGCAUUCCUACAGAAGAACUACGGAUUAACUCCAGAACAGUUGAAUAAACUGGCGCAGUUACCUGAGGAAUACCUCUUGGAUUGUCUGAUCAACGGACGACAACCGGAUCUGAAUUGGAUCGGAGGUCGUCCGUAUGUGCCACCGGAUAUCUAUUACUUUAAAUGGAUUGAACAUCCGAGGACAUUGUCAUUUGCGUCGGAUCGUGUAUUGGCCAGCAUGGAAAGCUUAGAUCUCAACACUAGCAGGUGUUCAACGGCUCGUACGCUCACACCUCGCGAGUACUAUCAGAAAAUUCUGUUCCAAUAUUGUAAACAACUACAACCCGACGAACAAAUGGUUGAUAUUGACCAAUAG